AAUAGGAGAACUUGGAAGAGAGGAUGUGAUGGAUGUGAUACCAGAAAAUUAGUUGCAGAAGCUCUUCGUCUUCUUCCCCACUUUUCCCCUCUUCUUACUCAACAGUGGCCCUCAUCUUUCUUUUUCUCCUUAAGACAAGUAAACCAUCCAUCUCUUUCUUCAUUAUUCAUUUUAAAGCCCCCCACCCCAGUCUCACCCUCCACCAAAAUAAUAAUAAUAAUGAUAAUGAUAAUGAUUAUGAUAAUAAUCUCUUUCAACUAGCUAUUUCUUGCUUGCCUUGCCUCUCUUUCUUUAUGUUGAUUAAUUGAGAGCUCUGAAGGUAGAGAGGGAGACCUUCUACUACCUCUAACUCUCUCUUAUUCUUCCUCUUCAGGGGUGUAUGUGCAUAUGAACUAGGGAGACUUGGCUAAGGUCAUAUUCUUGAUAAGUCAUAUCUGUGUUUUGUUGGGUCGAGAAGGUUUGGUGAUAAAAAGUUCAAAAUGUUUAAUUGUGAGUGCUUCUACUGGAACCGACCCAUUGGGUUUGAUUACAGCUCGCCCGAGCCACAACCUUUCUCUUUCCCUUCUCCACUUCCAAAGUGGCCACAAGGCCAAGGUUUUGCUACCGGAAGAAUACACUUAGGAGAGUUGGAAGUUUUCCAAGUCACUGAGUGUGAGAGCGUUUGGAGCUGCAUGCCAUUGCAUGAAAAAGCAAAAGGUGUCACAUUUUAUAAGCCUGUAGGAAUCCCAGAUGGCUUUUACUGUCUUGGUCACUAUUGCCAGCCCAAUGAUAAGCCUCUGAGAGGGUUUCUUCUUGUGGCUCGUGAAGCUGCUGCCUCUAAGACAGAAGCUGGUUGUUUGGAUAAUUCACUGAUAGAUCUUCCAGCUCUAAGAAAGCCUGUUGACUACUCAUUAAUUUGGAGUACAGAUUCACAAUAUGGUUGUUGUGGUUACUUUUGGCUACCAAAUCCCCCAGUGGGUUAUAAGGCUAUGGGCAUGGUGGUUACCAGCACCCCAGAGGAGCCUGAACCUGAGGAAGUUAGAUGUGUCAGGAAGGAUCUUACGGCGUGUUGUGAAACUUAUGAAGUGAUACUUAGCAUUGAUUCAACUUAUUCCAAGUUCCCAUUUCAGGUCUGGAGCCAUAGACCCUGCAUAAGAGGAAUGUUUGCUAGAGGCGUUUCUGUUGGGACAUUUUAUUGUGGUACCUACUUAAGUUCUGAAGAAAAGCUAGAUAUUGCUUGUUUGAAGAAUCUUGACCCUACACUGCCUGCAAUGCCCAAUUUGAUCCAGAUUCAUGCGCUUAUCAAGCACUAUGGACCAACUGUGUUCUUUCAUCCUGAUGAGGAGUAUAUGCCCUCAUCAGUGCCAUGGUAUUUCAAAAAUGGAGCACUUUUAUACAAAGAGGGGAAGAAGAAAGGUGUGCCAAUUGAUUGUAGAGGCUCAAACUUGCCUUGUGGUGGGGAAAAUGAUGGUGCCUUUUGGAUGGAUUUACCAUUUGAGGAUGAAGCUAAAAAUUAUCUCAAGAAGGGGAACUUUGAAAGCGCAGAAGUUUAUGUUCAUGUCAAACCCAUGUUAGGAGGAACAUUUACAGAUAUAGCAAUGUGGGUCUUUUGCCCCUUCAAUGGACCAGCCACCCUGAAAAUCGGGUUAGUGACUAUGGAAAUGACCAAGAUAGGGGAACAUGUGGGUGACUGGGAACACUUCACCCUUCGUGUGAACAAUUUCUCUGGAGAACUUUGGCAAGUGUAUUUUUCACAACACUGGGGUGGUGAAUGGGUGGAUGCUUUUAACUUAGAGUUUAUUGAAGGGAAUAAGCCAGUUGUGUAUUCAUCUAAACAUGGGCAUGCUAGUUAUCCGCAUGCUGGAACAUACCUUCGAGGGCCAUUAAAGCUAGGGAUAGGAGUAAUGGAUAAGUGUGCUCAAAGUAAAUUUAUAGUUGAUUCAAGCACCAAGUAUCAGAUGAUUGCAGCCGAGUAUCUUGGAGAUGGAGCUAUCAUCGAACCAUUUUGGUUACAGUAUAUGAGAGAGUGGGGUCCAACCAUUGUGUACAGUGCACGAAUUGAGGCGGAUAAGAUCAUCAAUCUUCUUCCAUUUCUUGUUCGAUUUUCAGUGGAAAACCUCUUUGACUUGUUUCCUACAGAGCUUUAUGGUGAGGAAGGACCAACAGGACCAAAAGAGAAGGAUAAUUGGUUUGGUGAUGAAAGAUGAUUGCACCAGGGCUGCUUUUAGUUACAGUGGAGAAAGAAGAUUUAUACUAUAUUCUUCUGGGUGGCAAGGCAAGUGAUUCCCAUGAAGCCAAGUUCCCUGAAGAAUUGCACAGAUCAGGCAUUUACUCUUUUCAGGUGAAGAAGAUUGAUAAUUGGAGACUUGAACAAACUUACACCUGCAAUGCCAAGCUUCUUAAAUAUGAUUGGCUUUUCAAGCUGCAGCUAAGAUGUCAAUUGGAAGAAUUAACAAUGGCAGGGGUCAGUGUAGUGUUGGUGUAAUGUUUACAGGUGAAUUGGGGACAUUCAAUAGUGUAUUAUCAAAUAAAUUUAUGCUCUCUCUCCUGCAAUUAGUCAAAUGCAGUUUGUACAAUAUAUCAUUGUACAAGAUUUGUUUGGUCUGCUGUAUAUAUAUUUUUUUCAAGUAAUUAAUUACUGGUUUUACAAGCAUAA